AUGCGUCGUCUGUCGGGUCUACAGAAAGAGGUCCUGUCACUGUAUCGGCAGUGUCUGCGUGAGUGCCGCAAGAAGCCUGAAGCGACGAGGCAGAACUUCAAGGUCUUUGCUAGGCGAGAAUUCGAGAAGAACCUUACCAUAGACAAGAGAGACUUUACGGCCAUUGAGUUUCUCAUCCGCAAGGGCCGUCGCCAGCUGGAGAUGUACUCGUCCCCUGGAGUGAAGGACAUCAAGUUCCUGCAGCAUCGUCUCAAAUUCCGAGCCGUUACGCCCACAGUGAACGAUUCUACCCCAAACUUGAGCCCGACCCAGACCUCAGUCGACGAAGGCUUUUUCGAAGCAGCAAAGGAUUGCAUAGACGAGCUAUGCGUAUCUCAUAAGCACCAGAUGCGCCAAAGCCAGAGCCCCAGGACCAAGGUCCACUUUUCGGAUUUGCCGGCCAGCACAACCGGCGGCACCAUAGAUUCAGCAAGGCGUGUCCCAGGCUCACCUAACAGGAGUCCACCACGUCUUGUAAAGGGCAAUCCCGUCGCUCGCGAGCGCUGCUGUCGUCCGGGCGCGUCGUUUGUCAGGAAGCAGGGCAAGACGGAGAGCUGCCGCAGAGGUCUGGCCGUCUUGCAAAGCCGUGUGGGCAUGUGGGUUGCAAAUCGGAAAGGGAAGAUCGUUGUCAGACAAAUAACGAAUGACGACCCCUUCACUUCCUCCAAGAACUCAGCCAAUAAGCCCAUCAGACAGAUAAAGGGCUUCCAGCUCGCAUCCUAUAGCAACAGGGGAGUACAGACAACUGAAGACGAGACUCUUACAGGACAAGAUCCGGAACCUUCCUUGCGAGGAACAGCACCGAGCUCACCCUAUACGACCUUGUCCUUCAGGGCCGGCCAACGCCGGACAGUUCCAAUUCGAUGUCUUCCAUCCAGCAUCCGACGUGCACUAGCCUUUCCCGCAAAAGCAGGCUUCGUCCCUCCUAUGCGGCCUCUUCCUGUCACCCAUGGAAAUCUGAGGCUCUUGCCAGACUGGGGCCAGGUAGCAAAGAACAACGAUGAAGAAUGCGGUGGCUACAAUCACAACAAGGACCAGCCUGAGUCGAUGAGUCCUGGUGCUGCAAAGGAUGCUGUUGUCACGCUAGCCCUCAUCAACAAAUUGGACUUUCCGGUGAGAUGGGAUCAUUCCGAUAAUGCUCCAUCUCAUACAAAACAACCUUCCAAUACCAGUCUCUUCCCUUCGGCGGCUUCUGGAGCCAGGAACCAUGAAGCAGCCCCCAAGCAAAUUCAUGGCCCUCCGACCAAUUGGGCAUCAGCAUCCCCCUUUCAACGUCUCCGACGGGCAGUAGCCUUACGACGAGACCGCAUCGCCGAUGGCUCUCUUCCCAAUCUGCCCAACUCUCCCACCUCUAGCCGGAAGAUUUCACCCAAAACCCAGCCAUCCGCUGCUCCCAGCCCACUGAAAGAAAAUUACUCUCAGCCCAGUCAACAGUUACAUCAACGGUCUUCUACCCCAGUCGAACAAUCGCAACGAGGAUCUAUGCCACCCCCAACGGAUGACAAGGCUGACUCCGAUGAGGAGAUCAACGACCAGGACGUGCUUAGGGGUUUGAGGAUAGUGUGUGCCGCCUCGGCGGAUGCGGAGUUUGAUGCCAUGUUCUCGAGCAAAACGGGAUUGAGGCUGAGGAGGUUCCUUGCAGACUUGAAGAGUUUGGAGGAGUUGAGUGAACUGGAGCUCAAGGAGUAG